CAGCAAAAAAUAUCCGCACGGCUUCUUUUUGCCGCCGGCCCUAAGCUGUCGGCUAUAGGUGCGUCCCGCUGGCGGGGAUGAAACGUUUGCCGCCGAAUACGUCACUCCCAUUUCUUGCGAGAUGCCGCCGGCGGGCCGACUGCUUCAUUUUCUUUGGCGGUUGCCUCCGUCUAAUGGACCGCGGCCGGCUGGCGGCAAGCCGCUUUGAAAUACAAGGAUUUCUACUAAAAUCGACCAGCAGCCAAGGCUAUGUUUAGCAUGUUGGGAGUUAGAAUGGAAGUGGAACUGACAGCAUUUUAACUACUUUUCACAUCUGAAGCGAUUAUAAAAUCAUAAUAGCCUAUAUGUGAAUUAAAUCCCAUAUUAUUAUUAUUAUUAUUAUUUUUUUUUUUUUUUUUUUUAAGCCAUUAGGGUUUAUUCUUGACUCUUGAUUCCAUGAUAAGGUACGGUUUAGGAAAUUACAUUUAAAUUACUUUGAAACUCUGAAGCGAUAGAGUAGCCUAAUAGGCUAUAUGUAAAAUUAUUUUAUGCACUUAGGUGAAAAUUGUUUACAUUUAUUUGAUUUAUGCACAAUUGAGACAUGCAUAAACCAAAAAUAAUUCCUUUUGUAAAACUUACUUGGCAAUAAAUAUCUUUCUGAUUCUGAUUAGGUUUUAAAAUAGAUAUUUAAUUCAUGGUAUGAACAAUUUAGCUGAAUAAAUUGAUGAAGUUAGACUUUUCACUAAUGCCUGGCUACAUCAGUGAACAGUGAAAGACAUCUGCAACAUGGCCAAAAUCUUGGGUAGGUCUAUACUUUAUAAUUUUUUAUUAAUUUGCAACCAUGGUAAUAGCCUAUCAUAAACAGGAAAAUCUCUGUUUUGACCUGAUCAGAAGGAUAAACUAAAAUCUAAAAGCUCCUCUGGUUUCACAGCUGCACUGGCAGAUUUAUGAAAUAUUUAGAAAUAUUUCGUCUUUCUGCCAUUCCAGGAAAUGUCAUUUUAUGUCUUUCAUUUUUUUCCAACCUCGAUUUUUUUUUUUUUUUUGACUUUUUACAUGUAUAAGGGAUUAAUUUGCAAUUGCGACCUGUACAAAUGUUUAAGACAGUAAGACACUUAAAAAAAUGUAAACACAUUAUAAAUGUUAGAAAGUAUAGGUUUUCACCAUUGCUGUGUUCAGGAUUUUUUUUUGGGCGGAGCUAAAACGGUGGCUCGAUGACGCACUGGAGCCACUGAGCUCCUGGCCCCUCCCCAAACAACAUAACUAGAGCACACAUUCGCGUCAGUUCGCCGUUCAAUCGCGAGUUUCUGUGGACUACCAUCGUUUAAGUAAGUACAUGUUUCCUUAACGCAAUAUUAUGUUUACAUUGUUUUUAGUUUAUCUUUGUAAAAUCUGUAGUCAUCUUUGUUCAUGCCUUACUAGUCAAGCUAAAGUAAGGCUAAAAUACCUUGACCGGAGCAUAACUGGUUAACUUCACACAAGAGACCUACUGUUGGACAAUCGUUUUGGCUUUAAAGAAGAUAGUGAGGAGGAAGAGGAUUGCCUAAGGACACAAUUGGCAGGGUGGGCUAUUGACAACAUGAUCCCCCAUGUGGCACUGGGUAAGCUUUUAACCAUUUUGUCCAAGGAUCAUCCAACCCUUCCUAAAGACCCAAGAACCCUUCUGAAAACAGUGACUUGUGUUAAAACAACAGAACUCUCAGGUGGUGUAUACCAUCACUCUGGAAUUGAAAGUGGAAUACUAUCGCAGUUUUUAGUGUCUCCUGAAUUGCAGAAGUUGACGUCAGUUUCAAUGCAAGUUAAUGUUGAUGGACUUCCACUUUUCAAAAGCUCAAAUGCCCAGUUCUGGCCAGUUCUUGGUUUAAUUGAGCAAUACGUGUGUAAUGUCCAACAAAACAAACUUCCAUUUGUCAUUGGUCUCUAUUAUGGGAAGAAGAAGCCAAGCAGCCUUCACUUUUUGAAUCCUUUUGUAGAAGAGGCACAGCGACUUGAAGCGGAAGGAGUUCUGUUUGAAAGGAGAGCACUUCCUUUCAAAAUAUCAACAUUUAUCUGUGACGCCCCUGCUCGUGCACUUGUUCGAAAUGUGAAAGGUCACAGUGGAUAUUAUGGGUGUGACAAGUGUGUUCAAAAGGGGGUCCACUACGAGAACAGGAUGACCUUUCCUCAAACAGAUUCUGCUCCAAGAUUAGACCAUGCAGUCCGUGAUGAACUUUCUGAUGACAGUCAUCAGUGUGGAGAAACGCCAUUGGCAUUGUUGUCUGUUGGUUUGGUCACCCAGUUCCCACUGGAUUAUAUGCAUCUGGUAUGCCUUGGAGUGACAAGAAAGUUGUUGCAUCUUUGGCUAAAGGGACGGCGGCUGACAAGAUUUUCGCCCAGCAUGGUAAAAGAGCUCUCCAGAGUACUCCUGACCUUCACACCUCAUGUUCCGUGCGAGUUCAACAGGAAGCAACGAUCCAUGGAAGAUGUUGAGCGUUGGAAAGCUACAGAAUUCAGGCAGUUCCUCUUGUACACUGGACCAGUCAGCUUAAAAGGCCUUGUACCAACUCAAGUGUACAACAACUUCAUGCUGCUUUCAGUUGGCAUCACCAUCCUACUGAAUGUGUCCCUGUGUGCUGACCUUGCAGACUAUGCACACAGAAUAUUGGUUCUCUUUGUUGAUCACUGCAGCAAGCUUUAUGGAAAAGAACAUGUGACAUACAACAUGCAUGGAUUGGUGCACCUGAGCCAAGAUGCCAAAAAGUAUGGCGUCCUUGAUAACAUAUCAUGCUUCCCAUUUGAAAACUUCCUUGGGUGUCUGAAGAAACUGUUGCGCAAGCCUGCACAACCACUGGAGCAGGUUGUUCGCCGAUUGUCAGAGAGAAGUCAGCACAGAAGAACAAACAUCUCCAAAACAAGGUCCUUGAGAGAGCACAACCAUGGACCACUUCUCAACGGUCUUUCUGUGAAAAAGCAGUAUGAGGAGUGUUACUUUCAAGACUUUGUUGUGAAACGUUCAGAGGGAGACAACUGUGUCCUGUUGGAAAAUAAAGACAUAGUUGUUAUACAGAAUGUCGUCGUUGAUGAAAUGGACAACACUUUGCUCAUCUACAAGAGGUUCCGGAACAUGGUCGAUUUCUUCACUUACCCUGUGGAAUCUUCCAAGCUAGGCAUUUUUCAUUUAUCUGGCCUGUCAGAUACACUCCGCUUUACCCAUAUAGCAAAUGUGCAGAAUAAAUAUUAUCUUCUUCCUUGCCUGGAUGGAAAGGCUGGUUUUCCGUUGAUCCACUUGUAAAAAUGACUGCUUUUUUUGAAGGGGUGAGAAUUUAAUUUAUUUUGCCUGGAAAUUAAUCAAUUUUUACUUUAUGCA